AUGGCAAGAAAGAGAUCAGGGGCCAAGCUGGUUUCAGCAUCUCCUUCUUUACUGGCCCCGACACUCCCGUUCAGUCUCCAAGAUGCUAUCACCCACCUUUCCUUGGCCGAUCCGAGGUUCGGGAACAUGUUCCAGCAUCUCCCUUGCAAACCCUACAUCCCACCGUACACCGCCAUCGACCCGUUCCGUACCUUGGUCACCUCUAUCAUUGGUCAGCAAGUGAGCUGGAUGGCAGCGAGAGCCAUCAAUGGACGUUUUCGAGCUCUUUUCGGCUAUGAAGAUGAGAAUGGCUUUCCCAGUCCUGCCCAAGUGGCAGCGACCGAAGUGCAGACGCUCAAAGGGGUGGGAUUGAGUACGAGGAAGGCGGAAUAUGUCAUCUCUCUAGCAGAGCACUUCUUGUCUGGUCAAUUGUCCACUGAACUGCUCCGGGACGGUAGCGAUGAUCAGAUCGCCAAAGCUCUCAUCGCCGUACGAGGCAUCGGACAAUGGACGGUGGACAUGUUCCUCAUGUUCUCUCUCAAACGUCCUGAUGUGCUCCCGGUCGGUGAUUUGGGAGUCCAAAAAGGUCUCAUACGCUGGGUCUUGGCCGCACACCAGGCACUGCCUAGAAAGAAGGGGAAGAAUGACGCAAAAGUUGACCGAGUGGAUGAGGACGGUGGUGGAGAGAUAGACACCAGGAUCCAAACACCUCCCCCAUUGGAGCGACAAUACCCUCAAACUCCUCAUACGCCAUCGAACGCUUCUGUCGUCAGAUCUGCCGUCCUGCACACGCCUAUCAAGCCUACAGAUCCGACUCCUCCAACCCCUAUCACCCCACUCACUGCCCCCGCUGAGACCCUGGAAGUACCCGACAAGGAGCUACCGCCGCCCACGCCACAAGAGCUGCUGGCUCCAAUAAAAGGGCAUGAAUGGGACGCCAACAAAGCUGCCCCUCUGUCUGAAGGUUUGAGCGUCGAGGUGUUGAAAACGAGGAUGGGAGGUAAAAAGGUCAAAGGAGGGGCGUACUUGACGCCUGGGGAGAUGGAAGCGUUGACCCAACAUUGGCGACCUUUCCGGUCUUUGGGAGUGUAUUAUAUGUGGCCUGCAGGUGAAGAUUUCUGAGGGCGGAAGCUUGUACGAGUCGGACUGCAACUAGAUUAUAGCUUAAACUACUCACACUCGUACUCGACAUGCACAUUUAUGACAUG